GCGAGAAGAAAACAUGGCGGCCGAUUUUCAAAACAAAAUGAUAAGAGAAGAGGAAAAUUUAAGCGUUUUUGUUGUAUCAAAACGUUAAAUGGCGAGCAGACAGGUUUGGUUUUCACUCCCAAGUGAUCCUUGGUUGGAGGAGGAGGAGGAGGACUGUGACACACUUAAUCUCCUCACCCAGUCAGCACAAGGUCAGCUCAGCUUACCCCAGCAGACCUACAGACCAAGAGAGAUCAGCAGGCUCGGGUACCAUCCAUCCAUCAACCCUGGCCCUGUCCCUCGACUGAACCUACAAGAGAAACCACAGUCAGUACACACUUUUAACUUAUCUGCAAGGAGUUCACUGUCAUUCCAUUCUGACCAGUCUUCACAGGUGUCCAUAGAUUUAGAAUCGGCAUCCCUGUCUCAGUUCUCAUUUGAUGGCAGCAGCUCUUAUCAUCCCAGCUGUGAUGGACAGGAGGAGUUAAAGGACACUGUUAAUCCCAAUAGAGGCAGUACUUACAAGAUUUCAGACAAUAUGGAUGGCAAUUGCAGAUCAUCUGUUGAUUCUGGCCCAAUGAAUCGGACUGGUUCUACUAAUGACAGCCAUCAUGUGGAUUCCAGUCAGACUUCCCCAGUUCGCGGAUUAUCAUCGGAUGAAGGGUCUGGAUGGAAAUCCGAAACAACAGAGACCUCUGAGGGAAACCUCAGUCUGUCUCAGUACGCUAUUGGCGGAGACCAAUCAGAGGACGACUCGCCCCACCAUAGUGCCCCUGAAGAGUUUUUGACUUCCGCCAUCUCUGAGGUUUCAAAGGAUUUCAUCUCAGGAAAUUUCUCUCCAUCAAAGUACCCAGGGGCAUCCGGAGAAAGCGACAGUCUCUCUGAUGGGGACAAUCCAGGACAUGUGUCAGGAGCAGUGUAUGCGAGAUAUCCGGAAUCCGCGACAGGACUGUCUGAUUGUGAAUGGAAUCCGUAUGCCACUGAAUCUGAUAACAAUUAUACGCCUAGAUCAAAUGUCAGCGAGAGUGCCACUGUGCCAACGGCUAUCACCACUACAGCCUCAAUGGCAGAUUCAGAAACAUUAAGAAAAGGAGAUAAACUGGAUGAAAUCUAUGCACAACAACUCUCCAGGAAUGUCCCUGACAGGAAUAGACAUUCCCCAUCCAGUCCUAGUGCUACAGACUCCGGACAUGGGAGUGUGAAGUCCUCGUACAGAGAGGAGGAGCUCAACUUUCUACAGCCGUCUGCUUCUUAUGUUCUGUACUCUUCAGAAAACAAGUCAGGCCAACCUAAAGAAAGGCUUCCUGCAGUAGAGAAAGAUUCCAUUACCGCUGAGCAGCUUCGAUCAGGACAAAGCAAAGCUUCAGAAACAAACUCAGGAACCAAGCAGAAAUUAUAUUCCAGACCGGAGCCUUUGGGUCAGACUGAUGAAUGCCUGUACGCCAAGAGGACAUCCUCCCGAGACCCAGCCCCUGUGCAUGAGUCGAGAAAAGGUUCAGAAUCCAGGAAGAACAACACUGGAGAGUACCUGCCAGUCGAUGAGAGAGACAGGUUACUGAGCAACCUGCAUACUGAGAAUCCAACAAUAAAAAGGCUCUCAGAUCCUGGAGUAAAGUCGGAAGCUGCAACCUCAAGUUUGAAGGAGAGAUUGUCGGAUGGGGGGUUGUCUCAAAGUGGAGGAGAAGAUGGACUCUCACAGAGAGUAGCGAAACUUUUAAGCAGUGCUAAUGAACUUGGAUCUUCCCUACAUCAGAGCUUAUAUAACAAAGAGGCACUGGGUUUGGAUGAUCGGGAAAAUUUCCCAAAGUACAAGUUUUCUCCGGUACGGUCACAGUAUCAUGGUCUGUCCUCACCUAGCCCAACUCUGGGCAAUUCAGGUCAGGAAGAUCUAACCCGAUCAGCAAAGUCUAUGACAUCUGAUGUAAGCUUAAGGUCGUCUCUUGGUGAGGAGGUGGCCAAGCUCUUAGCUCGAACAGAGUAUGCCAACGGUGUAAGACCUGAUGAAGAUGUGUCUGCAGCCAGUGAACCAAGCAGCAAAACUUUCAAACCUAUUCCCAUGGAAACAAACUCUGGUGCUGAGAUGGACAGUAGGAAGAAAGAAGCUAAAGAGCACACGAGACAUGGAUCAGAGGACAGCCAGAAAUCGGAGGAUUCCCUGGAUCGUAAGGUGAAAGAGAUCCUACAGAGGACGUCAUAUGUGGAGACAAAAGAGCUCCCAAGACGGGAAGAAUCUGCUGCUCUAGAUUACUCGCGUCUACAGAGAGACUUGCAGGAAAUCCAGAACAGUUUGCCUGUUCACCUCAAUCAUGAAUCAUCAAUGGAUGCCUCAGGAGAUAGGGAGGCACUCAGGGAUAGUCUCAAAAUCAGUGAGAAAUCUUUUGUGUCCGAGACUGAGAGUAGGAGCGGAGGCAAGAAAUUACUGUGGGACCACGGAGCAGAUCUUGGGUACAAUGAUAGCGGCAGAUUUCAAGGGACUUUGAAAUCGGACACAGAAACUGUCGAGGGUAGUCCAGGCACUGUAGAUAAAAGCUUUGAGUCAUCAGGGAAAUCCAGUCAAAGGUCAAACGAUGACACGGAGAAAGGUGGCGAUACAUCGGACGUCGUGUCUGACCAGCUGGAGGUAGAGAUUGAUGAAAUUCGAAUCAGUAAUGUGGCAACUGAUGUUGAGGAAAUAAUUGCCAAGUACCAGAAGAAAAGGGGGCCUUCCUCGAUGGAGCCUCAGUUUGAGGAGGAUACAUCGGGCCUCGCUAGCAGAGUGUUCAACAUCCUGACCAAUGAACAUCCUCAGAAGCAGGCCACAGGAAUUCUGGAGAACGUUGUCAAAGAAGAGAGGAAACUCAUUGACAAGAUGGCCGACCUGCCCAGGAUGGACUCUAGCUACCAUGGAUAUGACCUUGCCUCAGCAGACAGCAGCUUUGCUCCCAAGGACACUGACAUCAGGAAGCAGCUGGAGUGGUCCCAGAUGAGCUCGCUGGAUUACGGCCACCUCGACAAGACAGCAUUGUCAGAAAUGUCCUUUAAGACUGGGUUGCCCUUCAGUGCUCUGGGGAAUGCCAAAACCUUCUUGUCCUCACAGCUCCAGAAAAUGUCUGAGCAGACAUUUAAUCACAGCAUUGAGCUGAGGACUCCAAACCGGAACGUGCUGGAGUGUUAUACAUUGUACGGAGCUGAGAGGAACCGGGGAGGACCCCAAAAGGAGGCUUGGCCCCCCACAGAAAAUCAAGGGAGACAAUCAGAGGCAGACAGAGGGAGAGCGGUCAGGGAGGAUGCAGACCCCAGAGAAAUGGACCCCCUUUCAAAUCACAGAUUUUUCCUUAACUCUUUGGAUACGACCCCUACAGAGUUAAGGCCACGUCGCUAUAGUGAUCCUCGAGAAUUCUCCCCCGAGGGAAGGGGAACCAGGGAAGGACACAACAGAAGUAAAUCGGAGGAUGACAAACCUAUAGUGCCUGACCAUGACCUUAUGUAUGAUAGAAACGGGUCACGACCCUUGACCUCAACAAGAGGUGAGAGUGGAGCCAGACCCAAGAACCCUGAUCAGAGGUCACUGGAGGGAACCCCGCCUGUUGGAAUCGGCCGACGUCUGCCAUACAAACCAAAAACACGAGACACCAGUCCCAGAAUGGGCGGGACAUCCCCAGCAGAUUCGGACCUGAGUUCUUCCAGCGUAUCCCGACGCAGAGAGGGACCCAAACUGAGGCCCUACAGGCCCCCGGGGAGUCGGGAGGUGUAUUACACGGAAACAGACGACUCAGUGGCUGACAGCGUGACCACCAUGGAGAGCACCCACACAGUCUCCAUCAGGCGAUAUUUACGAGGAAGUAGAUUGUCGCGUAGUCAAGGGUCAGAUGACGCGGUGGGUCCUUAUAUUCCGUCCCAGCACCUGGGAAGUCGACAGGAUGGACACCGAUCUUCCGGUAUCUAUGGCAACAGAAGUAAUGAUGUCGUAGAAGACGCAUUGUCAACUAUUGAGGAAAAAUCUGUGAUGGAUGAAAGAGAGCGUUAUGGAGGCAUCAACCCAUCCAGUCAAUUCAUGCGAGACAGUGGAUUAGAACACAGCAGUCGGGUUCCCAUGGCAACAGACCGAGCACCCUCUAUUGGCAGUGAUCAUCCUUCCAAUAGAAGUGGCCACUUCAGAGCUAGCAACCCUCUAAGUGGACAGAACUCCACCGCCGGGGCAUGGACUGAUCGCCCACGCAGCACAGAGGAUGCUCUAUAUGAAGACAGCAGGAUGUCAAUGACAACGCGCUCUGACCCCGGCGACCAGUUCGCCACACCCAGACGCGUGCGUGAUGUUUCGAAACUUUCUGGUCACGCACACGCCAGUGAAGACAACAGCUCUGAUAACAUUGUGAGAAGUAAAUCUAGGUCAGAGACUGACCUGGUUUCUUUAAGCCCAGAGGGAAAGCAAGUUUCCUCAUCCCCAGCCACAAAAGGAAGAUUGAUGGAUUUAUCCAACCAGCCAUCACCCAUUCCCCCCAAUCAGUCUGCCUAUCUUUCAUCGUCUUUUCAAGGGGCACUGAAUGAAAUGCAGCAGAGAAAGCAGAAACAGCAGGAUUACUGGACAGAGUCAGUGGAAGAAAAGGAGAGGGGGAAAGAGCCGCUGUCAAGGGAAUCUUAUAGGAGAUCUGAUGGAACCAGUGUUCCUUACUCAUCCAGAAAUCAGGAAGAUGAAGUUAGAAGGGGUAUUUUGGACAGACGACCAGCAACCCUCAAUAGAGGGUCUGAGUAUGGAAGAAAGAGCCCUAUUGAUGAUGUGAGGAGGAGAGGAAUUGAGGGAGAGGACAGAGGACACCCACAGGAGGAGAGAAAGCCCAGAGGCAUGGACAGUAACGGGGAGGACUACCAUAGAAGUGGAGAGAGAGAGGUGGAGAUCCAGGAGAUAGUCAGAAGCCGACCGCAGGAAGAGGAGAUGUAUGACUACACCACCAAAAAACAGGACAAGUCGGAUCGAUCUACACCUAACCAGUACGACAGGCUAGGGGACAUCAUGUCCCAGUACCAGAGCCGACCACUAGAGCCGGGCAGGGAAUCCCUGGAUUACGACUCCAGACCAAAAUCAACGGAUCCAGGCAGGAACGAGUUCUCUGUCAGAUCAUCCUACAACCCAAACAGAGGAAAUCCGGACUCAAGAUCCGGGAGAUUGCAGAAUUUGGACUUUCCAAAGACGUCAACAAAUUCCAGAUUUUUGGCAGAUGACAAUGCACAGUCAGACAGACGACAGGAUGUGGAUGUUCAAAGGUUUUAUUCACGCAAUGAUUAUGAUACCAUCGGAGGUCAAAGAUCAAAUGACCGAAGACCUCUUGAACUGGGAACCAACUUAAGUCAGGCCCACAGGGAGUCUGGAUUUUACAGUGGACAGAGUGAAAGUGACAAGGAGUACAGGAAAACAAGUCCAGCUGCACUAGAUGUCCCAGAAGUGUCAGGUUGUUCUGCUUUGGGGCCUAGUAUUAGUCCAGUGAGUCAGCCAUCAAAACUUAGGGAGGAUACUCCUUAUCGACCCCUUGAACCUGGCAGACACUUGGAUGAGCACCCACUGGAGACAGGAAGUGGUAUACAAUAUGGAUCUGAGAAUGUUCCGUAUCAACAGAGAUCGGACCUUGACUUUUACCGGUCCUCUUUACCUGACUCAGAGGCAAGUAAAAGGCAACAAAGAGUGUCACCUGAGAAUGUAGCCACUGAGAAGAAAAGAUCUGACCUAGAUAUGCAGGGGAUUAUUGAGAGGGAGAGGGGUAGGCCGUUGGACAGGGGCCAGGACUAUCUAGACAUGUUUAUAUCCAGCUCCAUAGACCGAGACACACGAGGCAGAGACAGGUCAGGUGAGAGACAGUCUGAAGGUCGGAGGUCAAGAGACAGGUCAGGUGAGAGACAGUCUGAAGGCCGGAGGUCAAGAGACAGAUCAGGUGACAGACAGUCUGAAGGUCGGAGGUCAAGGGAGAGAUCAGCUGAAAGGUCACACAGGUCAAGAUCACCAGCCAAUAGAAGCAGUGAAAGAGAACUGCGGGAGUACCUGGUGGAUGGAGAGGUCUUCACAGAGCUCCCACAAGUUCCAGAUGAGGAGUUUGAAGAUAUGUUAAGGACAGAGAGGUUAAAGGCCAAGAAAGAGCUAGAAAUGAUGAGGCAACUGAAUAGACCUAAAGGUGGCUUACUGACAGAAGAAGAGGAGAAGACUUUAGGGGCUGAGUUUGACACCAUUCCACCCAGCAAGAAAGCCCAGGCCCUGAGAGAGACCCUUGAGAAGGACAGGGACCCCUCAAUCCCGCCCAACAUCAACGACUUGUGGAGGAAGUUCCAGGAGAUGAAUGAGACGCAUAGUGACAGCAGCAUGAACACGUCGCGGAUCGAAACCCUGACCAGUCUACUGCAGAACCCAACCAAGCACGUCGUACAGAGGGCGCUGGAUGACCGCACGUAUCAGAAGGUCAAGGAGAGAAGGGUGGUACAGGGGCUGACCCAGAUGGAGAGAGAGAACCAGGCAAAGGAGAGAGAGAACCAACACAGAGAGGUGGAGAAAAUCAGGAUGGAAAAACAGAAGAGGAGGCAAACACUGAGUGAAGAGGAAGUAAAUGGAAGCUACGCAGAGAUCCUCGCCAAACAGAAGAAGAUGGUGGAAGCUGAGAAAAAGCAGAAAAAUAAGGAGAACAAAAUGAAAGGAAGCAAAAACGUACAGAUUCAGGAGGUCAAGAAACUGGGUGAUAGUGCUGAUACCCUGUACUCCAUCCCAGAAGACACCAGCUUUGAGUCAAGUAGAGGAGUCUCACCAAACGUGAUGAGCGAGUCUCAGAAGAAGGUGAAGAGGAGCAGGCAGAAGAACGUGAUCGAUCCAUUGAUGGUGAAACUCAGGGACAAAGUGGAGCGACAGAAGAACAAGAUUGAUGUGGAGAAGAGAAAGGAGAUGAAGAGGAUGGAGAAACUUCAAAAGUUAGAGAUGUUACUUGGUGCUAAAAAGAAAGGAAAGCUCUCAGAUAGAGCUAUCUCUGCUGAACUGGAGAAUGUUUCCACCACCUCAGUGCCACAGUCUGACGAUUCUACAACCUUCCUCAACUCAGAUUCAACUUUGAUGGAGGAUUCGGAUGAUUACAACCCACACGUUCUGGAUUCUACUUCAUCCAAGGACAGCAGCAUUGAAAUUCAGAGGACGCGGAUCAGGAAACCCAAGGACAACAGAGAAUUCCAAAAAUCUGCCAUGUCUGUAAUUCCAUUGGAUGACUCUGAGUCCCAAAGUGACAUUAUUAUCGUUCGUAGACCAAAAACAAAGGAAAGAAAAGAUAGGAUCAAUGAAGAAGCGGGCCAUGUGUCAAGGAGUCAGAAAAAACACAGAGACAGGGAACUUAAAAAACAGGAAAAAAGAAGCUCUCCAGUGAGGGAGAAAUUUCAUUUGGAGACCUCCCCCGUCAGAAGCAGGAAGCUGAGGGACAUAGGCACCAUGUAUCCGUCCCCCAUCAUAGUCAGCCCCCCAACUCUGCGAAGGCGCCCCAAGGAAGUAGCCAUGAAGUCUGAGGCAGUGCAGACAGCCAAUCGGUCCCUCUCUCCCUCCUAUAGUCAGACCAUGGUGAUACCUGUCCCACUGAUGUCUCCAGAGAGUCAGAGGAAAACCAGGAGUUCUGAGCCAUCCAGGAGGGGCAAAACUGCAGGACAAAGGGGACCAUCUCCAAAAUCAUCACCCAAUAGGUCAAACCUUUUCCCGCGGGAAUACACCCCUCCUCGAUCUAAAUCUCCUUCCAGUAGGUUGACCAAUCAGAAAGCUAAGGCAGAAUCAUAUGGUGAGGGUCAGCAGAGAAAUAGGUCAACAUCGCCGCCAAAAAACAAAAUGUUUGUACCGGAGUCAGACUCGGAGUAUGAAAAGUUUGUGAUGAAGACACCACCCAAAAACAAAAUGUUUACCCCCGAAACUCCAGAUGAUGAAUAUGCUGCCAGAAUGAGAGAUAGUCCAAAGGGCUUAACUUGGUACAUUCCCAUGGGCAAGGAAACCAAACCCUGGAAAAAGCCCCUCAGAGAAAGGCAGGCUCAUGCCGUCCGCAGUGAACCCUGGCAACCCAGCGGAAUCAAUGACAACCAGUGGAGAAACAUUGUAGCCAGAGAAAACCUCGAUAAAUCACGCGACACAAAGUUUGAUCUAAAUCCUGAUGGAAAACUGAUAGAAAACAAGGAGAACGCAAUGGAGGAAUCAGACGAAGACAAUCCGGACACCAAACCCCUCAACAAAAUGACUCUACAGGAUGCAUUCAAGUUGUUCAAACAGAACACGAUAUCUCACGUCCGCGAGCGUCAGAAGCGAGUUACACUGGCGGCAGAAGAGAGGAAACUGACCUCGGCUCUGCAGGCCGAGAGAGAACAGCUGUUCUCCGAGAAUAAAAAGAAAGAAGCUAACCCUGAUGCUCACCCCUACAGUGAAAAUCUCCAUGUUCCAAAGAAAAGGUCCCUCACUAAACAAGAAAUUAAAGAGCGCACAGCCAAGUCGUAUAAGAAACUUGCAGAGGUUGUCCAGAAAAAGAAACAAGAAAAGACACAGGAAGAUUAUGCGCUGAAUCGUCUAAAGGCUAAAGUUUUUAACAGGAGAAUUCAGAGACAUGUGUUGAAGAAAAGUGCAACUCUGGGGUAAAGAGAUGCCUGACUCUGUGUGGCGGGUAUAGGACAGCUGUCUGUGAUAGUGAUAUCUCUAGAUCUGUCCAUGCUCCGUUAGACAUUGUAUAACAUGCAGGGAGAGUCCGAGAUGUCACAGUCGGAGCCACAGAUAUUCUGUGUAGCACACUUUGUUUAGCCUUUACUAGGAUGUGAGCCAGUGUCUAGAGUCCAAUUUCUCAUUGUCUUUUUUUUCUUACACAUCUAGAAGGUCUGUAGAUGUAGAGAAACUGUAUAUGAUAUGAUGAGGUUUGUGCCAUGCCCAGUGGUGGAGGAGUUUAGUUAUAAACCCUCAGGAGUUGUCUGCUCCUGAACAUUUGUAGAAUUCAUAACAUCAGCUAGUUAUGAAGUGUAUGGUAUUAAUGUCUUUUUGUGGAUGUUAUCGUCCAUGGAUUGGGAAUAUCUAAUUAUCAUAUUUAUUAAUUAUCUAAUAAAUUAUUUUUGUAAUUAUGA